AUGUCGCAGGACGUAAUUUCGUCUCAUGAACAGCUCUCGAUGGAUGAGAUCACAAGCCCUCUCACCGCGCAAAUCUUCGAUUUCUGUGAUCCACAAUUGUUUCAAGAAACCUUUAAUCAAGCUUCUGAAGUAACCUCUGCUUCAAACUGUGGCUAUGUCGAAAACAACAACAACAACUUUACAGAAAAAUCCAACAGUGGUUCGAAUCAAGAUCAUGAAGACAACAACAACAAUAACGCAGAUUUAUCGAUCAUUUUCGAUUCACAAGAUGAUUUCGAUAACGAUAUCACAGCUUCCAUUGAUUUCUCUUCAUCUAUUCAGUUCCCAGUCUCCGAUCAUCAACUCCAAGACCAGUUUGAUUUCACCGGAAUUCAACUUCAUCAGCCUCCGAACAUUCUCUACUCUUCUUCUUCCGGUGAUCCUCUGCCUCCACCUUUAUCGGUUUUUGAAGAAGAUUGUCUUUCUUCUGUUCCAAGUUACAACCUUGGCUCCAUAAACCCUACUUCCCCUUCUUGCUCUUUCUUGAGCAAUCCCGGUUUACCAGCUUACAUGUCCCUAACCGGGAAUAUAAUGAACACCGGUUUAGCCUUUGAAAGAUCUGGUUUUUACUCCGGUAGUCUCCAAUUGGGUUCUGAUUUCAAACCAACACAUGAUCAAUUGAUGGAAAUCCAGGCUGACAAUGGUGGAAUGUUCUGUCAAGAUUCGAUUAAACCAAUCUUGAAUCCAGUAGAUCAUCAACUCCAGGGACUAGACGGUGGCGAGAACCAGAACCACAUGGCUGCACCGCCGGUUCUUCCACAGUUAGGGACGGAGAUAACCGGUUUAGACGACGGGAGUUUCAACAAAGUAGGGAAACUCUCCGCAGAGCAAAGGAAAGAGAAGAUUAGUAGGUACAUGAAGAAGAGGAACGAGAGGAAUUUUAGCAAGAAAAUCAAGUAUGCAUGUAGGAAGACACUUGCAGAUAGUCGUCCAAGAGUUAGAGGAAGAUUUGCAAAAAAUGAUGAAUUUAGUGAACCAAAUAGACAAGCUUCUUCAAGCCAUCACGAUGACGACGAGGAUGAUAUUGGGAUUAAGGAAGAAGAACAAUUGGUUGAUUCUUCGGACAUAUUUUCACACAUAAGUGGAGUGAACUCCUUCAAGUGCAAUUAUCCAAUCCAAUCUUGGAUUUAA